UCAGGGGAGGGGUGGGGCGUCCGGGGAGUGGGGCGGGGCUCCCGGUUUCAGGCGUGUUGGCAGCUGCGCGCCGGGUCCUGGAGGCCGAGGCAGCUCCCGCCCGUUGUCACCCGUCCCCGCCGCGAGCGCCAUGGCCCAGCCGCCGCCCGACGUGGAGGGGGACGACUGUCUCCCCGCGUACCGCCACCUCUUCUGCCCGGACCUGCUGCGGGACAAAGUGGCCUUCAUCACAGGUGGCGGCUCUGGGAUUGGGUUCCGGAUUGCUGAGAUUUUCAUGCGGUGAGACUGCUCUAUGUCCCCUCCCUGCUCCUCGCUUCUCACUGCCUGGGCCCUGCUGGAUGCCGGACCCCUGGAAAGAUGUUGGUGGGAGGUAGAUGUCCCCUGCUCACCUACCCAACAGGAUCCAGGUGCCUGCCAAAGGGACUGGGGAGGGGUCGAGGAUUGCCCUGGGGGAGUCAGGACUUCCAGGCUCCUACAGGUCAGUGGAGAUUGUGUAGCUCUGGUCUGGGGCCUGCUGGGACCUCGAGAGUCAGGGCUGUGUCAGGCCUCAGUGCUGGUGCCCUGCAGAGCACAUUUUGGGACACAAUUCUGUGGCUUCAGGCCAGGGUCAGCAACUUAUCCCACCUGACAGUGGCUAGAGUUAGGCCGGGGUGGGGGAGAGGGACCCUUCCUCAGUUCCCCUGAAGCCCCUGCUUUUCAGACCAGAAAGGUGAGUCCCGCAGGAAGAGAUCUGGCCUUUCCACUGGUGGCUCUGUGCUCAGGGCGUCUGAGGACUGGAUGGGAUAUUGCAGCUCCGGUGGGUCCUGCCUAGCAGGGGUAGCCACCUUUAUGGUUAUUGUGGGCAAGCAAGCCCCGAACCAGAAGAGACGAGAAACCAAAGAACAAGGCAGGCAGAUCCCGUGAUCCCAUUUGUCCGUGUCGGUGAUUUUACUGGGGAAUUUAUGGGCAGAAGCGUAGUCUUGGGUGGCUGUGAGACAGGCGUCUCCAUGCUGUUACCCCCAGGCCAGGGCUUCUAUACCACAGGGAAAGGGGUCCUGCUUCGGAGGGAGUGUGUAGGAGUUUGUUCAGGAUAACAUCAAGGUUGUUUUGACCUAAGGGCAGGACUUCUCUUUGUGCUCUUUCGCAAGAACAGUAGAUAAGCUGGAAAUCAUAGCAGCAUUCCUGGAACCGGGGGUUCAUAGAGGCCAACGUGGUGGAUUCGCAUCCACGUGGUCAGGAAGGGGAGCAGGGAGCACCCCACUUCAGAACGGUCCUCCACGCCAGCCCCACAGGGAGAAGGGAGUGGAGGAUGUGGGCCCAGCAGGCCGCAGGCAGAUGUGUGGGCUGGGCCUCUGUGGCUCACAGCUGUCUCUGUACCUGGUGUUUGGGGCAGGACCCGCCGGCCUGUGCAGUGGGAUGUCCCAUGCCAGAAACCCCGGGGUGGGCACCACCUGAGGUCCCUCCAGAGUUCCUCAGUCCUGCUAACGCCCCUGUGCCCUCUGCCAGCCGGGCCUUCAGCCCUGGACUGGUACUUCCGCCUGAGAGACUCCUGCCCAGGAGCUGGGCAGAUGCCCCUGGGAGUGCCCCUUGCCCGCACUGUCCUCACACCUGCUUCUGGUUUUGCAGGCACGGUUGCCAUACGGUGAUUGCCAGUAGGAGCCUGCCACGAGUGCUGACGGCCGCCAGGAAGCUGGCUGGGGCCACCGGCCGGCACUGCCUCCCUCUCUCUAUGGACGUCCGAGCGCCCCCAGAUGUCAUGGCCGCCGUGGACCAGGCUCUGAAGGAGUUUGGCAGAAUCGACAUUCUCAUUAACUGUGCGGCUGGGAACUUCCUGUGCCCCGCUGGCGCCUUGUCCUUCAACGCCUUCAAGACCGUGAUGGACAUCGACACCAGUGGCACCUUCAACGUGUCUCGUGUGCUCUAUGAGAAGUUCUUCCGGGACCAUGGAGGGGUGAUCGUGAACAUCACUGCCACCCUGGGGAACCGGGGGCAGGCGCUCCAGGUGCAUGCCGGCUCCGCCAAGGCCGCUGUGGACGCGAUGACGCGGCACUUGGCUGUGGAGUGGGGUCCCCAAAAUAUCCGCGUCAACAGCCUCGCCCCUGGCCCCAUCAGUGGCACGGAGGGGCUCCGGAGACUGGGUAAGGCUCUCAGGGAGCCCAGGCCUCCCACAGAUCCUGCCCUGGGGCACAGGGUGCCCAUGGAAGCUUCCAGAACUUUGGCAGGGGGUGGCCCUCAGGCCAGCCUGAGCACCAAGGUCACUGCCAGCCCGCUGCAGAGGCUGGGGAACAAGACUGAGAUCGCACACAGCGUGCUCUACCUGGCUAGCCCUCUGGCUUCCUACGUGACGGGGGCCGUGCUGGUGGCCGAUGGCGGGGCAUGGUUGACGUUCCCAAACGAUGUCAAAGGGCUGGCAGAUUUCGCAUCCUUCUCUGCUAAGCUCUAGGAUUCUUCCGGCUGCUGCUUCCCGCCACCUCACACAGCCAGGUGCAGAGCACCAGUCUGAACCAGCAAUGCCUGCAGCCCAGCCCCUCCUCUGAACACUUAGCUAUUACUGCACUCUCCCUCCCCACGACCCCAACUCUAGGGCAGGAGCAGCUGGACAGUGGGCCUGGCCCGUGGAGCUGCCACGCAGGUGCCUGACGGCCAGGGGCCACGCAGGUGCCUGAGGGCCAGGUGCCACGCAGGUGGUGGGGGUACAGACAAGAUGCUGGGAUGUCCCCUGCCCCAUGGUCAAGGGUGUCCUUCCUGCCUGGGUCCAGGGCCUGAGGGAGCCACAUGGAUCCUGAGACUUGUGUUCUCUUGGCUGAAAACACUGAGGUGCUCCCGUCUGUGCAUGGUCCAUGAGCUGGGACGGCCCUCCAGCUGCCCACAAGGUCUGCCCCUCUGUCUCUGCACCACCUGUUUGCAUAAACACACUUUGCUACAAUCUUGCUAGUGCAUUUUCUUAAAAGAUAAUCUAUUUACUGUAAAAACAAAUUGGACUUUGCAAAAGCUUUUAGAAGGAAAAGAAAGGAUUAAAGAGAAUUGCUUGUGAUC